AUGCGGAGUACUAAAUUCCGCCAUGUGUAUGGUAGUCCUUAUCGAAAAGAACAAUGUUUUGAAAAUGUGCGGAUUACCAGAAAUGCUCAUGACAGUAAUUUUUGUGCAGUCAAUCCUAAAAGUAUAGCUGUUGUAACAGAAAGCGCUGGUGGAGGAACAUUUCUUGUUUUACCCACAGAUAAGCCAGGAAGAAUAGAUAUCAAUCAACCUAAAGUAUGUGGUCAUUCAGGAGCAAUUAUGGAUAUAAAAUGGAGUCCAUUUAAUGAUGAUAUCAUUGCUUCUUGUUCAGAUGAUUCUUCGAUAAAAUUAUGGGAAAUACCUAAUGGUGGUUUACAUAGUAAUUUAUCAGAUUGGUUGGUAGAUUUACAUGGUCAUACUCGUAAAGUUACCUACAUGGACUGGCAUCCUUCAGUUGAAAAUAUUCUACUGUCUGCUAGCUUAGAUUAUAAAUGUGUAGUAUGGAAUGUAGAACAAGCUGAACCUGUUAAUAUAAUAGAUUGUCAUAAUGAUACUAUAUUCUCUCUAUCCUGGAAUAAUGAUGGCAGUCUAUUCUCUACUACUUGUAAAGAUAAACAUCUACGUAUUAUAGAUCCUAGAAUGGCUACAGUGGCAGUGGAAGCAGAAGGUCACGGGGGAGCUAAACCAUCUAAAUGUGUGUUUAUUAAAGAUAAUAGACAUAUAUUUACAGCAGGUUUCUCUAGAUCUAGUGAUAGACAAUAUGCAUUAUGGGAUGUGAGAAAAAUGAAUUCACAUUUAGUUCGAAAUACAAUAGAUUAUGACAGUGGUAUAUUAUUACCUUAUUAUGAUCCUGAUUUAAAUAUAGUUUAUUUAGCUGGCAAGGGAAAUGGUAAUAUAAGAUAUUAUGAAAUAGCUUCUGAAGAACCUUACAUUCAUUUCCUAAAUGCUUAUCAAUCUUCAACCCCACAGAGAAGUCUAGGUAUGAUGCCAAAGAGAGGCUGUGAUGUAUCAAAAUGUGAAGUUUUAAGGUUUUAUAAAUUACACGCAGCCAAAAAUCUGAUUGAACCGAUCUCAAUGAUAUGUCCUAGAAAAUCUGAUAAAUUCCAAGAAGAUAUUUAUCCACCAACACAUGGAACCAUUCCAUCAUUAGGUCCUGAUGAAUGGAUAACAGGACAGAACCGUGAUCCUAUAUUAGUCUCAGUAGCUGUAAGUAUUAAAGCUUGCUAG